GCAGGGAUUGUCCAAUAUUUUUUCAAGCACUCUUUAACUAUCCGUUCCCCAACUGGCAAAAAUGUGAACCUACUUUACACCCUGGCUUGUGUUCAUUGGUACAAAGUUCACCCUCAUGCAAGGUUUUACUCUGGUUUACUGAUUCAAGCAUGCCUGCCAUCAUUUGAGGUUGAGUCAAUGGCAGCUUUUAUUCCAGUAAUGAGGAUUGAUAGUGUAUGUGGUAUAGCUGAGUUGAGCUACAACUUAGGGACUGCUAAUGGUAAAGAGAAAAUUGUUGUGGCUGUCCCUCUUGACCUUAAGUUACAUGUAGGAAUAUUAAAAGCAAUUAGAACUUUUAAAACUAAUUUAAAGCAAUUAGAACAAUUGAAACUGAACUUCUAUUUUUUGGGCAGUGUAAUGCCUUGCAAAGGGUGAUCAGAAAUGUGUUAAAUGCUCUGAAAGACUUGUGAGGUUAAGCAAUAUUACUUAACCAGACAGAACACAAGACUGUGUUUUGUCUCAAACCUUAGUAUCCAAAUGUGCUUAUUUUUUGAAAACUGAUGAUGUUGCCAUUUGGCUUUAGCGUUCUCUUUUGUCUGGCUAUAAUUGAGGAAACCAUGCUUUCUUUUUAAGUAUAUAGUUUUUUUCCUACUCAUACAUGGUCAGUGAAAAUUCUGGGAAUUUUUUUUUUUAUUCCAGUGGGUGGCAGCAGGUUUCUGCUUGAGACAUUGUAACAAGAGUCUAUUGUAAUUGUUGGAUUAAUUGUUUUUUCUGUUAGUUAAACUGUUCAAUACAAGUGUAUAUAGGUUAGCUUACCCCCAGAGGUCAAGUGAGUGGCCCUAUAUAUUUUAAUCAGUAAUGGUUUGCAUUUUAAUUCUUAGCAAUUUAGUUAGCAAACAAAUGAAAUUUUACUUUAGUAAACAAUUGUAUGGUGAUGGUUGUGACCUUUAGUGGGAUAGAGCAACUUUUUGCAUUUAUUCUUGAGUGGGUUUUUUGGCAAGAUACUCGAAUACUUGUCAAAUUUGAACUGCUCUGGACUAUUGAUUAUUUUCACCAAACUUAAAUCAUAGAUUGUAUGGACUGAUUGGACUGUUUCAAAUGAUGACACAGUACAAUCAUUACUCAACUGCCUCAAACAAUCACAAUGUCUCAAAUGACCAAAGAGGUUCACUGGUACUGACUCUCUCAAAUGACCAAACUGCUUCAAAUGGUCCAAAUGGCUAA